AUGGCCAAGAAGAAGAAUAAGAGCCAAAAUAAUGGCGAUUUCCCAGAAAUCCAGGUUCCCGCGGCUUCUGUGCCAUUACCAGCAUCAACUACAUCAACAAAGACGAAAAACAAAAGAUACCAGCCCACGCAACAACCCUCAACAUCUGCUCUUAUUAUUUGUCGCAACAAACAUUGGCGUUAUAUCUCUUCUUUCCAUGGACCAUGGCUACAAUUGCCCCCUGAAGUUCUCGAAGCUCUCGCGAAUAAUAAUUAUGCCCUUCCUCGACCCCGACCGAUCGACCCCGCGGUCUUCUUCGACAUCCUUAAAAUCCGACAGCUUGUUGACGAUGCCACGAAUCUCGCAGCUACACAAAAGUUAUCCAAGGCAUAUCAUUUGGAUGAGAUCGCAUGUAGCGUCGCGACGAUGCAAUCUGCUUCUACACUGGAGGAUGUGGCCCAGCUUGUCCUUCAGAGAAAUCCCAAUGAUUCAGAUGCCAAAUACGUUCACUUUUUUCACGAGAAGAUUCCUUCGCGGCAGCUGGCAGAAUGUACAAGUUUAACACCAUUGGAUGAAGUAAUAGCAGAUAGGCCGAGUGAAGGCGAAAUACUAAGGACUCGAGCCGUUACAAAGAUAUUCAAGGAGGAUUUUGUGGGAGCGGCGCAAGAUCUUACUUCUGCUUUAUCAGUCUGUAGAUAUUAUCAGAACCAGCAUAAGGCAGGCCGACAGCAAAUACAGCUAGCAAGUGAAGCCGCCGCCGAAGCUCAGCGAAACAAUGGUGGUAGAUGGAGAGACGAGUUUAAGUUAGAUGAAGAGGACCACCCGAGUAGUCUUGAGACCCAACUUCUGUUUCACCGUGCCGGUGUUUACUUAACUAUUGCAUGCCAACACGUUAAUGCUGCUCUACCGCCUUCACCCCACCAUCACGGUGACUUAUUUACAUUCGAGGCUGUAGACAAAGCCAUGAAUAGUCCCUGGCCCACCAACGGAGCGACAAGUAAUGAAGACACAAGUAAUGGAGAGAAAACUAAUGGAAAGACAAAUGGUGUGAAUGGCACGUCAAAUGAAGAGCCCGAGCUAUCCGCAGCUGAUAAAGAAGCACAUCGAAAACGUCUGGAGGCACGGAAAGUUGUGAAGACAAAUGCAAAGAGGGCUUUAAGAGAUUAUGUAGCAUAUCUGUCGCAUCUGGACUACACCCCUGGUCUUCCAGCUGAGAUCACGGAAGAAUUCGUUCGCAAGGUAAAUUUAGCUGCGAAUGGUUACAAAAUUCCUCGACCACCUCAAAGCAAGCAUAGUAAGCGGGGCCUUGAUUUAGAAAGCAACGCGUCACUGAGUAACGGUCAAUUGUCCGAUGCACUCGUACCUCAUGUUGGCCAUAACGGAAGAAGUCGUCCUCAAUCUAGCACUUCUCGACCACCCGAUUUGCCUUCUUUACCUCCGCCCAAGGUCUAUCAAAUCUCAUCUCUAUUCUCUUCUACUCCACCAGCCGAUCUUCCUCCUUACCCAGAAACGGCCACAGCUCUAACAACUAAGCAACAACUUCGCGCAUCCCAAUCCGAGGCAGCCCAGCACAUACUCGCCCAAGCCGAUUGUCAUGAAGCCCUCACAUAUCACCCCCUUCUAACUGAUGCACUUCAUUCCCUCUUACUUUGUCACUGUCUCGUGCAGACUUCCGCCCGUGAACUCCAGCGCCACGCCCAUAUGGUUGCGCGACUUGCUCGUGUUUGCGACGGCUACCCCAUUUUCCAAGCCUCAAGAUCGCCGUCUCGGGCCGACUGGAUUGAAGUGAUUCGCCGUAAUGAUAAUUGGAUUUCUCUCGCCGCAUCAUGGGAAACUCUUUGCGCACCCGCGCCGUUACCAGGUCAAAGUCCGAGCAAUCAACAAAAAGAGACAGCUGCGGAAAAGAAAGAGAGAUUAAAGCAGCAAGCUAUUAUGGAAGCACUUGAAGAUGAUCGUGUCCAUGAUGAAGCUAGUUUUCAUGCAGCAGUAGCGGCUAGACAGAGAAGACAGGAAGAGGAAGCUAGGAAGGCCGAGGGAAGAGAAAUGCCUAAGAGAUGGGCGCAGGAAGAUGGAAAGAGUAAUCCUAUAAGUACUGAUAGGGCUCAGGCGAUUGUCCGAUGGAUCCGGGAAGCCCCUCCUGGAGGUGAUGGUACUGGGCUAAAGAAGAAGAAAAGAGGUGUCAGGGGUAAGGGGAAGAGUAGCGUGAGUGGCCUUAAUGGGUCAGAAGCCGCUACUCAAAACACAAAGCUCGAUAGGGAGGGAGAAGGCAACGAAGAGUUCGAGAGGAUUGAGGAGGAAGUCGACUGA